AUGGCUUCUCCUGACAGACUUAUCCGGCUCCGCUUGUUCUUUGACUACCCUCCGCCGGCUGUGGUCGGUUGCCGGAUGUGCUGGCUGCUUGUGGACCUGAAGGCGUGCCGCGUGGUGGCGGACCUGGAGAGCCUCAUCCGGCAGAAGUUUGAGUUCAGCCGCGGGAGCAUCCUGAGCCUGUUCGUGGAGGACUGCUACCUGCCUCACACCGAGAGCAUCUUCGUGGUGCGGGACAAUGACAGUGUCAGGGUGAAGGUGGACUGUCCAUAUCAGGUGAAUGGACUCAGCAGCUGUUCCAUUACAAGUGAGAGCUGCAGGAAGAGACAGAGAGACUUGGUAGAAGCUGAACUGGAAGAGGAAAUUCUGCCUGCUAAAUGCAAAAGAAAGAAGAAGAAGAAAAGGUCCAAGACAGACACAUCAGAGGUGGCCGAUUUUUCUGGGACUGUCGACAAGAAUUCUCAAGACAAGAAACGCCUAGAAGAGAAGACGGCUAAAAAGAAAGCAGCUAAGCGGCAGGCUGCCCUGAAACCAGCUGAAUCUCAGCGCAAAAGGCCAGAUUGUGUCGAUGUAGCACAAAAGAGCAUCAACAAGGUCCCAGGAUCACAAGUAGGGAAACCAAAUGACCCCUUGUCUGAUUCCACUAGUAAGAAGAAAAAACACCGUAAAAGCAAGUCAUCGGCUUCAAACCCCAAACCAGCCCCCACCAAAACCCAGCCUCCAUUGUCAUCCUCUUUAGAAAUGGACUCCUGUUUAGAUAAGGCUAGCACUGUCAAACUACCACCAAAAUCUAGACCUCUAGCAUCCCCUGCCACCACACAUCCUGCACAACCCAAUAACUGUUCUCAGAAACACCCUGCCAGUAUAGCUGAGGCUUCCUGUGACAAGUUGCUGGAGCCUUCCAACCAAGAUGGUGAAGAGGACAUUCAGCUGGUUAUCAAACGUCCACAGCAACUUGCCCAAAGCGUGGCCAGUCACAGCCACUGGCAAGGCCCCGCGAGGACGUUAGACCAGCCCCGGGCUGACCCAGGAGAGGGAGGUAGAGUUGAAGGCAACAAGACUGAUACACAGAUGGAUUCUGUCACCAACAUGUCUGCACUGGUUCAGAAUGGAGAGAGCGUUCUUAAGGACUACAGCCCCAUGCCCCUGCUAGCUGCCCCUCCACAGGUGGGGCAGAAGAUUGCCUUCAAGCUGCUGGAGUUAACAGAGAGCUACACACCAGAAAUAUCAGAGUAUAAAGAAGGAACGAUUUUGAACUUUGACCCAAUAACCAAACAGAUAGAACUUGAACUUCUUUGUCCUUCUCAAGCUCCUCUAGAACCUGGCAAGUUUGACCUUGUCUAUCAGAAUCCAGAUGGUUCAGAAAGAGUGGAGUAUGCUGUACCCAGGGGAUCUUGGAUCACAGAACGAUGGGAGUCUCUGUUGGAACCAAGACUGAUCAUUUAAAUCGGGGAGGAAAACAUACAUAAAAUGUGCAGUCUGCUCGGAACAUGGAGUAGCUACCUGCAGCAUAUUAAAGUAGCUGAGACCUUCUAAUUUUAGACAAGGACUUAUUGUUUUUUUUUAAAAGGGAUCUGAGUGAGAUCAAUUCCAAAUAAACGUGUUUCCAAUAAAA